CUUUGAGAGAAAACGAAAGUGAAUCCAAUCAGUUAUUGGGGUAAAAUGGCUGAAGCCAGUGUCACACUAACUGAGAAUCAGUUCAGCUGUUCAAUCUGUCUGGAUCUACUGAAGGAUCCAGUGGCUAUUCCCUGUGGACACAGUUACUGUAUGAACUGCAUUAAGAACUUCUGGGAUAAAGAGGAUCAUGCUGGAGUUUACAGCUGCCCCCAGUGCAGACAGACCUUCACACCCAGGCCUGUUCUGGGCCGAAACACCAUGCUGGCUGAAGUAGUCAAGAAACUGAAGACAGGACUACAGCCAACUACUCCUGCUGACCAUGAUGCUGGACCUGGAGAUGUGGAGUGUGACGUCUGUACUGGGAGAAAACAGAAAGCUGUCAAGUCCUGCCUGGGGUGUCUGGCCUCUUACUGUGAAACUCACCUCCAGCCUCACUAUGAGUCUCCAGCUUUUAAGAAGCACAAGCUGACUGAUGCCACUGGACAUCUGCAGGAAAAGGUCUGUUCCAACCAUGACAAACCCCUGGAGGUCUACUGCCGUACCGACCAGCAGUGUAUCUGCUAUCUCUGUACGAUGGAUGAACACAGAGGCCAUGAUACAGUCUCAGCUUCUGCACGAGUGGCAGAAAUACAGAAACAAAUGGUGGAAACACAGAAAGGAUUUGAGCAGAAAAUUGGGUUGAGAAAGAAGGAACUGGAGGAGCUGAAAAUGGCUGUGGACUCAAUCCCAGUAACGAUCUUCACUGAGAUGAUAAGCUCCAUUGAGAGAAGACGCUCUGAGGUGACAGAGCUGAUCAGAGUUCAGGAGAAGGCUGCAGUGAGUCAGGCUCAAGAACACAUGGAGAGACUGGAGGAGGAGAUUGCUGAACUGAAGAGGAGACAGUUGGAGCUGGAGCAGCUUUCACACACAGUGGACCACAUUCAUUUCCUCCAGAGGUUUCAGUGUCUUCUUGGCCCUUCUGACGGUGCAUUUGGACCCAGAAUCUCCAUCAAUCCACAAUGCUCUUAUGAGAAUGUGAAGAAUGUAGUUUCUGGGCUGAAGGAGGAACUGGAGAAUGUUUGCGAGAAGAAAACGGCAGAAAUCCAUCAGACAGUUGCUAGUUACGUCGUCCUGCAGGAAAUAGUGCCCUCGACCAGAGCAGAAUUCUUAGAAUAUUCCUGUCGGCUCACUCUGGACCCCAACACGGCGAACAGAAACCUCCGUCUGUCUGAGUUCAACAGAGUGGUGACAUGGGAGGGAUGCAUGCAGCCAUAUGCUGAUCACCCAGAGAGGUUUAACUCAAAUGGCCAAGUGCUGUGUACAGAGGGUCUGACUGGGUGCUGCUAUUGGGAGGUUGAGUGGAGUGGGCAGCAGUUCGGUAUAGCCCUCGCAUACAAAGGGAUCGGCAGGCAAGAAGGCAGUAAUGACAGCAUGUAUGGACAAAAUGACAAGUCCUGGUGUUUCAAAUACAAUCCGGGUGGUUAUUACUCAUAUAAUUACUCAUUCUGCCACAAUAAUGAGACAAUACAGCUAUAUGGAUGCUUAUCCUCCAAGAUAGGGGUGUACCUGGAUGCCAGGGCAGGGAUUCUGUCCUUCUACAACGCCUCUGACAACAACAUGACCCUCCUGCAUAGGGUCCAGACCACGUUCACUGAGCCCCUUUAUCCUGGGAUCUAUCUAUAUGGCGGUACAGCCAAGCUGUGCUGACUGGGUUAACAGGCUGUUCAGUGCAGUCAAUGCAGCCAGGGGGAAAUUUUAUGGGCCUCAUUUUAUCCCAGCAAAUCAGUAAACUGUGCCAUCUGGAAUUAUAAAGACAAAAGCGGGCAGUGCCGAGGAUCGGUGCACAGUUCAAACCAAGGUCUGUACUGCAACACACUUUCAGUACUGACAGCAAGUUAAACAGUGGUGCAGUGGUUAGCACUGCUGCCUCACACCACUGGGACCAGGGUUUGAUUUUCCACCAGGGUCCUGCGUGUGGAGUUUGCAUGUUCUCCCUGUGUCACUGUGGGGUUUCCACCGGGUGCUCUGGUUUCUCUCCACAGUCUACAAACAUACUAAGGUUAAUUAGAGUUACCAAAUUGCCCAUAGGUGUGACUGGUGUGUGACUGUGCCCUGUGAUGGGUUGGUGCCCUGUGAUGGGUUGGCAUCCCAUCCUGGGUUGUUCCCUGCCUUGUGCCUACGGGCUCCAGACCCCCCUGCAACCCUGAAUAGGAUAAGUGGUAACAGAAAAAGGAUGGAUUGUUUCUUUUGUAAAAUGAAAAUUAUUUUACAAAAGAUUUUUUUGCAUACUGAUUUAUAGUAAAGACCGGGAAAUGAGAAUUCAGUGAUGAUCAUGCUUUUCCCAAUUAAGAUACCUGUAUGGGUGUAUUGAGACAAACUUUCAGGUGCCCCCCCCCCCCCUCGCAGAUGGCCACGUCGUCCAUGUAGCAUAGAAUUAAAGAAAUAUCUUCACUGUCCUCCUGUUACUGUAAUGAUUUUGGAAGUUGUGAUUGUCUGACUCCAAUACUCACAGUUUGGAGCAUCUCCAACUGCACCUAGCAGACAUGCAUGCCAGGUGAUUCAGGUAUGGAUUGAUUCUAAUCAUGUAUGGACUAAUCAUCCUGAGAUUCAAAUACGUCGUCCAUGAUUCACCCAUAAUAUUAUUGUGCCUUGGUCGAAUUGCGCAAACAUAUUUUUCAUCGAUCACUUAUAUAACUUGUUUCUCAGAAAUAACUUGUUUCUCAUAGAAAGCUAGAACACCUAUCUUGUCUUUCUCUAGGGGAAGGGACGCUUAUCUCGUCCUGAGACACUUAUCUUUGUUUUGGGGAAGAAAGAGCAUCACUCAAGGAUGCUAGCCUUGUUUUUCUAGAAAUUAAAAGAAAACUGUUGCUUAGGUUUGCUGCUGCAGGCCGUUUCACUCCAGAGGAUUGGAGAGCUGA